AUUUCCACGGAAGUUGUAACGUUAUAUAGAAUUAGUUUAACAUUAUAAUAUAAUUGACGAUUUGUCAUAAUUCUAGACUUGCGAUACGAAAUGCUGAAAUGUUACUAAAUCAAUAAUACAAAAAUUCGGGUUUUGAGGGGCUAUUGAAACGUAAUAUCAACACAGAGCGUAUCUCGCGAAGUUAUGAACAUCAUAUCGUAACAGUAAUCUAUCCAUCGCUGCUAGGCAGCCAUCUUACAAGUGUAUCCCCGACCCGUUAAAUAUUUCUCCGAUGCAUAAAAGUAAGUCCCAGGCCGGCAAGCAACUAUAGCGUUUGCGCGGAUCUCGUAUAAUCAGAACCGGUGAAGGUAUAAGUGGUGUCAGUCGACUACGAGCGUUGGGGAAAGCGACGUCAUACGAGACGCGGUAUUGCACUGUCGAUAAGUCGUGACUUAAAUCAGCUUAAUUUUCGUAAAGUGUCAUAUGAUACUGAAUUACACAUUAAUAUACAACGAGUAAUUCCAGCUGACUCGUCAAAUAAAGUAUAAUAGCAGAAUACGAAACAGUUUCCUACAGUCGAUCUCACGCGAGCCUUCGUAACUUUCGUCGAGUACGUGCAACGAAAAAAUCUAUUUAAUAAAAUUCAUAAACGAGCUAUGCGGAAGUCAAACUGAUCGACUCCCAUCGAAGAAAGCGCGGUCGAUCAAUUUGACUUCUAAGUCACAGAAAUAAUCUAUCGCUGGAACGCUCGCAGAGACUCAACCACCGUUACGCGAGUAACUUCGUGACUAUGCUCGGCUAGCCUAUUACAAACGAACCCAUUUGACGAAUCAUUCUGAUUGAUAACACCUCUAAAAGUCAGUUUUCACAUAUUGCUUGUUAACGGAAUGGAAGCAGAAUUGCGCUUACGGCAUGCGAACGACUUCAAGAAGAAGUUUCGAUGGAAAACGCUUAAGCGUAGCCAACCGGCCUGAAAUGCGGCGCGAGUUGAUUUCCGGCCCGACGGAUACUGUCAAACUCUCAUGGCUUGGUAGCUGAGUAGCCUUGAUGCGUAACACCUCAAUUACAUCAUUAUCGAGUCUGUCAGCGCGCUAAAAUUAUUGCGUCGCCGGCAUUCGUUCACUUUCAACGAAUUUGUUCAAAUGUGCGUCGCGUACUCGCGUAGAUACGUUUAGUGUUCGUCCCUUAAGGCGUCCGUGUACGCCCGAUUAAUCGAUAAACUGACCGGCGUUUCCCAUAAAAGCGGCAAGCUGACACAGUGAGAUAAUUGCACAAGAUAGAUGUCAACUAAACACAAAGAUCAGGGGAAAAUGCAGCCUAAAGGACAAAUAUUGAAUGCAAUUCAUCGACUAAUUGAAUUCAUUGGAAAAUGGAUAUAUACCUUCGUUGCAUUCUUGAAGGGUCCUGCAGAGUCUCAACCUCCUAUAAAGGAUCUAACGCUUUUACACAGUGCAACUACUUUAGCAUUAAAAAUUCGAAAUAAACAGUUAACUUCACAAGAAGUGGUACAAUCAUACAUAGAUAGGAUAAAAGAAAUUCAACCAAUAUUAAAUUGUGUAGUGGAAGAUCGCUUUGAGGACGCCCUCAAAGAAGCAAAACUGUGUGAUGAUCUUUUGAAAUCUGAGAAUGCUCCAUCUCCUCAAGUAUUAGCUGAAGAAAAACCCUUCUUUGGAGUGCCUUUCACAACAAAGGACUGUAUUGCAAUUGCUGGAAUGAAACAGACAGCUGGUUUAACCAUUCGUAAGAACGUUGUUUCUGAACAUGACGCAGAAGUGGUUAGGUUAAUGAGGGCUGCUGGAGCCAUCCCUCUGGCUACAACGAACGUGUCAGAAUUAGCCAUGUGGUGGGAAACUUCUAACUGUUUAUAUGGAACUACAAAAAAUCCUUAUAAUACGAGACAUAUUGUCGGAGGUUCCUCCGGUGGUGAAGGUUGUAUACAAGCUGCAGCUGGUUCGCCACUAGGAAUAGGAUCAGAUAUUGGUGGUUCUAUUCGUAUACCGAGCUACUUCAAUGGACUUUUCGGGCACAAACCUUCUACUGGAAUGGUUUCGAACGAUGGCCAAUACCCGAGUGCACAAAGCGAAGACCAAAACAGAUUGCUAUCUAUUGGCCCUAUGUGCAGAUACGCACAAGAUUUACUGCCUACUUUGAAGAUUCUUGCGGACAAGAACGCAGAUAUGUUGCAUUUGAACGAAAAAGUAGACAUUUCGAAGCUUAAGUUUUAUUAUAUGGAAGACGACGGUGGCCAAUACUUCACGUCUCCAGUUGAGUCAGAGAUAAGAGAAGCCAUGAGAAAGGUAGUUCAAUAUCUAGAGAAAGCUCAUAAAAUUAAAGCGACUAAGAUCCACAUAAAAAAAAUGAAAAAAAGCAUCGCUCUCUGGAUGGCCAAUAUGAGUUGUAAAGACGAAAAAGAUUUUACGUAUGAAUUGUCGAACAGAGUGGGUCAUAUAAAUUUAUGGUGGGAAUUUUUGAAAUGGACACUGUUCCUGAGUAAUCAUACAUUGAUAGCUCUUCUUACUGCCACGUUUGAAAGAUUUGCCGUGAAGCAUGGAAGCGAUAAACACACGAAAUUCAUACAAGAAAGUAAAGAACUUUAUCGAGAAUUUCAGGAUAUUUUAGGUGAAGACGGUGUGUUCCUAUACCCAACGCAUCCAACUGCGGCACCAAUGCACUACGAACCGUUGAUUAAACCAUUCAAUUUUUCAUACACUGGAAUUAUUAAUGUUUUGGGCUUACCUGCUACUGCGUGUCCUUUAGGUUUGAACAAACAAGGACUUCCUAUUGGUAUACAGGUUGUUAGUGGCCUACAUCAAGAUCGUUUAACCAUAGCCGUUUGUGAAGAACUAGAACGGGGUUUUGGAGGUUGGGUACCUCCAACUAUUGUAGCUUGAUACGAUACGUGUCGCUUAGACAAUAAUCCUGUGCGUAAUACGAUGCAUAAAGUUUCUUUUUACCAUGCCCUGUCAUCAUCAUUUUUCGAGAACUAACUUACACCUGAUUAAUCGAUACCAGCCAAUUACUAAGGUAAAGUACAAACAUUUAUCCAAAACGCAGAUCUUUCAAAUACUUCGAAAAAAACUGAGAAAGGACUGAGAAGGAACUGAGACGAAGCUGAGAAUUCUUACGAGUAUACAUAAUAUAAUAAAUACUGAAUUUUUUUUUAUCGGUUUGUGUAACCGAUUAUAAACUAAGUCUCGCCGAAUACGCAAAAUUGUGCGUAAUAAAUAUAUACUAUAUGAAUAUAUGAGAUGUGCGUAUAUUUAUAUUUAUAAAUUGAUGUUAAAAAAUUCAUUUUUCUAACAAAAAUCAUGUUGAAGGAAGUAAUAACAUUUGUAUAUAAGUAAACUACUACACUGUAUUUGAUUACCGUUUUUAUAUACCUCAUCAUAGAUCUCUAUAUAGGGUUUUCUAUUUUCAUACAAAUUGACAGAAAGAGAGAGAGAGAGAAAGGGAGGGAGAGAAUGUGUGGAUGGACGAUAUAGAGAAAAAAACCAAUUACAUGGUAGUAGGAUGCUUUUGAUAAUGAUGUGAUAAAGUAUUAAAGUUUUAUGUUUAUAAUGUGUAUUGAUGUUAAUAUAUCGUAUACAUACAUAUAUAUUUUAUAUACUAAAGAAAUAAAUUUUUAUUUCUUCCCCAUUA